UAUAGAGCACCUCGAGGCCCCGCCUCCUGCUCUGAAGGAGCGCCGAGCACCUGGCAAGCCGGCCCCGCCCGGCAACCCGCUAAGACAGCGCCCUAAGCUCCUCGGUCCCCUCAGGCUCCCUGGACUGGCUUCUGCGGUCGUCAUGACGGCGGCCGUGUUCUUCGGUUGCGCCUUCAUCGCCUUCGGGCCCGCGCUCUCUCUCUACGUCUUCACCAUCGCCACCGACCCUUUGCGCGUCAUCUUCCUCAUCGCCGGUGCUUUCUUCUGGUUGGUAUCUCUUCUGCUUUCGUCUGUUUUUUGGUACCUAGUGAGAGUCAUUACUGACAACAAAGAUGGACCCAUUCAGAAGUACCUGCUCAUCUUCGGAGUGUUGCUCUCUGUCUGUAUCCAAGAACUGUUCAGACUCGCAUAUUAUAGACUGUUAAAAAGAGCCAGUGAGGGUUUGAAAAGCAUAAACCCUGAGGAGGAGACAGCACCUUCAAUGCGACUGCUGGCCUAUGUUUCUGGCUUGGGCUUUGGAAUCAUGAGUGGAGUGUUUUCCUUUGUGAACACCCUGUCUAACUCCUUGGGGCCAGGCACAGUGGGCAUUCAUGGUGAUUCUCCUCAGUUCUUCCUUAAUUCAGCUUUCAUGACACUGGUUAUCAUAUUGCUGCAUGUGUUCUGGGGCAUUGUGUUUUUUGAUGGCUGUGAGAAGAAAAAGUGGUACAUACUCCUUACAGUUCUCCUGACUCACCUGCUGGUGUCCACCCAGACCUUCCUCAGUCCUCAUUAUGGAGUAAAUCUGGUGUCAGCAUACAUAAUCAUGGUGCUCAUGGGCAUCUGGGCAUUUUUUGUUGCUGGGGGUAGCUGCCGAAGCCUGAAACUCUGCCUGCUCUGCCACGACAAAGACUUUCUUCUUUACAACCAAUACUCCAGAUAACCUCUGGUAGUCGGCACUCCAAACGGCAACCUGUGUCUUUAGAGGAAGCACAACUGUGUCCUUUUCUAAAAAGACCCUUUGCUCCUGGCACUUGGAAGCAGCAGAACUGUCCGUGUGCUUUCAUGCAGCAGCCUCUGGAAGACCUGCCGUGUGGCCUGCAGCCUGCUGCACAUUUGAGGCCUCCUGGAAACAAAGACUGAUGCUUCUGGACCCCCCUCCCCCAGAUAUGAUUGUCCUGAGUGUGCAGCACAGCUGAGAAUCACAGAUCCAAUGGGAAGUUCUGAGAAUCCCCAAAGAGAUUGAGGUUUGGUACUUAACUGUCUCCUAAGCUAACUUCUGCUGAGCAAGUAAAUUUCUCGAUGUGGUAACCUGGGUAGCCCUGUGUUUUAUGUACUGGUAUCACACAAGGCUGAAGGGCUGUUCUCUCUGUGCACGGCUUUCAUGUCAUUCACUAGAACCAUAGGCUGUGCCCUUAAAUGCAGUAACCUACACUGACACUAUUACUUAGCCAAAGCAAAGUUUGUAUAUUAAGUAUUCAAGUUUUUUUUUCAUUUUACAUUUUUCUUCUUAUAGGAUAAAAUUAUUCUUUUUAGUAUAAAUCCAGGCUCUUUAAGAGUGACGACAUGCUGGCUUCCUUGGGGGAGUCUAAAAUUGAUCCAAAUCCGUGAGCCUUCUCAGUUAAAAGCUGCUGCGUGUGCUGUCUGGAGCUGGCUUGGUCGAGGGAAAGCUCACUGUUCUUAUCUCUGAGAAGCCAGACAGGGAGAUAAUGAUGUAUCAUUGGCAGAAUGGUGCUGGACCUUAUGAAAGCAGCUAAAAGCACAAAGUAGUGUGAUGUUGACAUCUUUCAUUUGCUCCGGUGACACUAAACAGCACCAUCACCCAAAUGCGACAGGGGGAAGUUUGAGACAGACAUUAAGCUGCCAGAUUUCAAGCUGGCAUGUGACUUUUAAUCUUCAGCAGGUUUGUCUUGGUUUUGGUUACAGUGAAACAGUUCCCUUUCUAAGAAUACCCAGGGGCUUUGUUGGUCUUCUAAAUAAGUCAGCUCACUUUCUUCUUACGAUGAAAUGCUACUGAAUUGUGAGUGUACUAACUGGAAACUGUUCCCAAUCAACAUUUUUUGGGACUUAGAAACUACGUCUUUUUUUAAAGUGAUGACCCCAGCUCAUCCGUGCAUCUUCUGAAAGAAACAGGAGCAGCAGUGAGAGAGGACUUGGCAGUAGCAUGGAAGAUGAGCCUGACAGCAGAACCUGUGUGGUUCCCACCUCUGAACUGAACCUUAAUUGGUUAAACAUGUGAGUGUCUGAGUGCAGAGACAGGAGAGCAGUAAAGCUCCUAGGAAGACUACACAUCACUGAGAAACCUCUGUGGUUGUCCCCUUAAAGGUUACUUCAGCACUGCCACACCAGCGCUUCUGCUGGAGCUGGUGGGUUUGCAGCUUUAUAUAAGGUUUUCCCUGCACUAGAAAGGACAAACAUAACUCCAGAUACUAGAUUAUAGCACAAAAACCUAAAUAGGAAUAGUCAAGACAAUAUUCCUCCACCAGAAGUCAGUAGCCGUAUUGUAAUAGGCCCCGAGAAAUACAAUUUAGUUGAAUAAUCAGACAAUGACUUCAAAAUAGCAAUUAUGAAUAUAUUCAAGGACCUUAAAGGGGAUAUGAAUAAUGCUGUAAUGAAGACCAUGAAAGCACAAGUGAACAGUUGAGUGAAAUGAUAAAACACUUUAAGACAUGAAAAUAGAAAUAGAAUCACUAAAAAAAAUGCAAUUUGAAAUAAAACUGAAAAUGAAAAGUCCUGGAUGUCAAACAAAAAUGUCAGAGGUAAAUCUCACCAACAGAUUAAAAGAUGUGGAAGAGAGAAUUUCAGGUCUUGCAAACAAGGUAGAAUAAAUAAAUAGCUCAGUCAAAGCAAAUGUGACUAAAACCCAGGCACAAAAUAUCCAGAAACCCUGGGACUCUAUGAAAAGACAAAGUCUAUGAAUAAUAGGUGUAGAGGAAGGAGAAGAAACCCAGGUCAAAGGCAUAGAAAAUAUUUGCUAAUAUGGAAGAAAAAAUUCCCAGUCUAAUGAAGGAGGUGCUGAUCAAGGUGCAAGAAGAAUACAAAAUACCAAAUAGACAGGACCAGAAAAUAAAUUACCCACAACACAUAAUAAUCAACACACUAAAUUUACACAAGAAAGAAAGGAUAUUAAAAGCUAUAGAAGAAGAUCUCCAAGUAACAUAUAAAGACAGGACCAUUAGAAUAACAGCUGACUUUUCAAUGGAGACUCUGAAAGCUAGAAAGACUUGAAUGUAUGUUCCACAAACUCUGAGAGAUCAUGGAUGCCAGCCCAGAGUAUUAUACCACCCCCUAAAAAAACCUAUCAAUUACAAAAAAUGAAGAUAGAAAACUUCCCAAGAGAAAACCAAAUUUAAAUAAUCUACCAAUCCAGCUCUACAGAAGCGCUAGAAGAAAAACUUCAGUCUGAAGAGGUUAACUACAUACACCAAGAAGACAAAAGGAAUAAAUAAUCCCAAAACAGUAAGUAAAAAAUGGGGAUGGGGUACACUAUAACAACAAAAUAAUAGGAAUCAAUAAACACUACUCAUGAAUAACUCUCUAUAUUAAUUAUCUCAAUUCCCCAAUAUAGAGAUAAAGACUAAGAGAUUGAAUUAGAAAACAGAAUCCAUCCUUCUGUUGUAUCCAAGAAACACAUCUCACUAUCAAUGAUAGACAUUACCUUAGAGUAAAAGGAUGGAAAAGGUAUUCCAAGCAAAUGAACCCCAAAAAGGCAAGUAGGUGUAACCAUUUUAAUAUCUGACAAAAUAGACCAAACCAAAACUAAUCAGAAGAGAUGGGGAAGGAUACUACAUAAUCAUCAAAGAAAAAUCCAACAGGAGGAUAUUGCAAUUCUAAACAUUUAUGUGUGAAACACAAGGAGACCCAAGUUCAUGAAAGAAGCAUUAUUACAGCUAAAAUCACAUGUUGACCCUCACAAGUGAUAGUAGGUGACUUCAGUACCCCACCCCUACUACUAGACAGGCCAUCCAGACAAAAACUAAAUAGAAAUGCUUGAGAUAAAUAAUACCAUAAAUCAGAAGGACCUCACAGAUGUCUACAAAACAUUCCACUCAAACACUAAAGAACAUACUUCUCAGCAGCUCAUGGAACUUCCUUCAAAACUGACCACAUACUGGGACACAAUGCAAAAAAUCAAAUAAUAAAUGAAAAUCAAAAUAAUGCUUUGCAUCCUUUCUGGAUGCAUCAUGGAUUAAAGCUGAAUAUCCACAACAACAAAAACAGCAGAAAGAAUUACAUGGAUAUGUGGAAACUGAAUAACUCACUAUCAAAGGAAAAGUGAGUUAGGAUUCAAAUCAAGAAGGAAAUUAACAACCUUUUAGAAUUGAAUAAAAAUGAAAACACAGCAUGCCCAAAGCGAUGAGAUACAAUAAAGUAGUUCUAAGAGUCAAGUUCAUAACACUAAGUGCCCACACCAUAUUAUAACUUAGUGACAUGCCUGAAAGCUCUAGAACAAAAAGAAUAAUACUCCAAAAGAGUGAAAGGCAAGAAAUAAAUUCAGGACUGAAAUUAAUGAAAUAGAAGCAAACAACAACACCCCCCCAAAAAAAUUAAUGAGGAGUUGAUUCUGUUUCUUUGAGAAAGUCAACAACAAAUCCUUUAUCAAAUUAAAUGACUGAGAGAAGACCCAAAGUGGGAGAUUACAACAGGCACAGAGGAAAUUCAGAGAAAUAAUAAGCAUAUAAUUAAUAAAUCUGUAUUCCACUAAAUUGACAAAGCUUUAAGAAAUGGAUGAAUUUCUUGAUACAUACAAUCUCCCAAAGUUUAAAUCAAGAUCAGAUAAGCAAUUUAAACAGAUCUAUAUUCCCUAGUGAAAUAAAAGCUGUAAUUAAAAAUCUCCCAAUCCAAAAACCCUGGACUAAAUGGAUUCAACAUAAAAUUCAACCAGACCUUCAAAGAAGAAUUGAUGUUAAUGCUCUUCAAAUAAAUCUGCAAAAUAGAAACUGAAGGAACAUUUCCAAAUUGUUUUUUUCAAAGCCACUAUUACCCCAAUACCAAAACUAGACAAAGACCCAACAACAUCACACAAAAAUAGAAAAUGAACACAGAUCUUAAAAAAAAAAAACCACCCCUCUCUAAGAAAGACAGAGAUAGCACACACUCUUUGUUCUUUUCACCACAAGCCUAAAUAGCCUGGGGGAAUGGUCCUGACCCUCCCUGGGGCGGGGUCAGCGCUUGGCAGGCUGGGAGUUGGAGUCCAAGCCAGGGCGACUGCCAGGCCCGGGGCUUCCAAUCAUCCCAGACUUCUUGGAUAUAGGAGUGUUAGAGAGCUGGAGUGGUGCCCCUAGCUUAAUAUUUCGUUCCAGACUCUUUGGAUAUAGGGGUGUGACAAGGAACUGAGGUGACAUUUAUGACCAAAUAUCCCAGAAUGAAUGCCAGGGACUGGGGUGACGGUUCCAAUCAUCCCAGAAUCUUUGGAUAUAGGGGUGUUGGUUGUUUUGACCAUACACCAACCAAGAGGGAAUUUGGUCAGAAACUUUCCAGAUAAGUGGCCCCAAGGCAUAUGUUGUCUGGCUUAGAAGUAUAAAACCCAUAGGCCACCAUACUUUCUCAUGAGGGUUGUUGUUAUUUUCCAAGAGCUACAACUCCCAGAAUUCCAGGAAGUUACCUGGUCCUUGGGCAGGUGGGACUUACAGGUUAGCUUAGGGUCUAACAUCAUAAGCCACUCCAAAUAUCAGAAAUAUGACCAUGAAAGCAUAAUUGCCUGCAUUUCCCCUUGCUUAGACUAAGCAAAUUUGAGCAGUAACCGGAGUUACUGAGUACCAGUCUCGGCAUUCCCUUAGGGUUCAGAAGAGGACAUCUACAGCAAGCAAAAACUGGCUGAGAAGGGGGAUAUGAGGGGCAGAACAAGAUGACUCAAACAUGUUUCCUCUGCUUAUAUUUUUAUUCCUUGGGCAAGGAAGAAGAAGGGUUCUUCCCCACGAGGUUUUCAGUUUUUAUACACAUACAGACAAGUUAGCGAUUCCAUAGGCAAUAAGAAUAGUAACAAGCAUAUAUCUCACAGAAUCACAAAAGAAGGUAAAGGAGGCCUCUCGGAGGAGGAGGCAUGGCUGUGAAACUCCCCUGGAAAUGCCAGGAGGAUUAAUUAAGAAUGGGACUUUAAAUCACUACAAAAUUUUAAGAAGAUGUUUUCAUGCGCUAACUACAUUUCUUAAAUGUAACUAAUUAAGCUAGAAGUUUAUGAUUAAUAAUUGUAGAAAAACACAGCAGUGCUGUUUCUGUUUUCUUCCCCCGCAACUGGGAAUACAGCUUUGGUAACCAAAGCAACCCAUGGGUGAAAGUGUUUGAUUUGUAUUUCCUUGUAACUCCAGCAGGGUACCUCCUGGCACCCAGGUGAGAUGGAAUCUCUUUAGGACUAGUUUAGCCACCCUUUUUCCUAUAUCUUUAGAGGUAAAGGCAUAAACAGUUAAUCUCCUGGGCUAUGAUCUUAUGUUCAUUGAAAUCAGGGUGAAGGGUAAAUACAGAAUAUUAGUAGCAUGCUAGUUUAGAGCAAAAGGUCAGUAGAUUACACUGCAAGUCGAGUUUUCCUUGUGGAGUGUACAUACACUCCCAUGGGUCUGUCGAUGGGUCUGUCUAUGGGUCCCAGGCACUACCCAAGAAUAGACCAUCCAAAGAAAAUUUCUAACAUUUCACCCAUUUUAGAUAGGAUCACCUGCCAGCACACACCCAUGGCUUUUCACUCAAAAUGGAUCAAUAAUCCAAAUAUUUGAGCUAAAUCAUAAAACUCUUAAGGAAUCACAUGUUAGGUAAACCUUCAUAACCUUGGAUUUGGCAGGCAAGCCCUAGCUAGGACAACAACAACACAAACAGACAACUGGGCUUCUUCAAAAUUAAAAACUUUUACGCAUCAAAAGAUGCUCAAGAGAAUGAAAAGAAAACCUAGAGAAAUACCGGCACAUUGUAUGGCUAAUAGAACGAAAACUCAACAGCCGAAAGGUGAAUGAUGCAACUUAAAAAUGAAGGGGAAAAGAAGGAAGAAAAAUACAAUUAUAAUCUCAAAAAAUAAAAAUCAGUGAAGAACCUUAGUAGGCCUUUCUCCAAGAAGACAUACAAAUGGCCAGUCACCACUUUAUGCUUAUUAUUGUCACUCACUAGAAAAAAAAUCAACAUCAUUGUGAAAUACAACUUCACAGUCACUAGAAUAAAAAAGAAAAGAAGAUUAGUAAGAACAUGGAAAAAAUGGAGCCUUUGCACAUUGCUGAUAGGAAUAUGUAAAACAGCUGCUUUAGUAACUAAAAACUACAGAUACUAAAACCACUCCUGUAUAAUAAAUGGUUGAAAACAAAGGCCUAAGGCUCUAUGUACAAGGAUGAAAAGUAUGCAGUCAUAUAGGAAUGAAGUCCUAAUGUAGGUUCAGUGUGGAUACAUUAUGCAAAAAUGAAUGCAUUAUGCCAAAAGUAAUAAGCCAAAGAACAAGCCAAUAUUAUCAGGUUCUACGUAUGGGCUGUGUAGGACCCAUAGGUAGAGAAUUAAGCACCAACACACACACACACAUAUAGUAUUAGUAAACAACAUUGCGUUAUAAUGCCUAUAUAUACUCUGUAGCCCUCCAAGCAAUCAUUAUGUAUUCUUUGGUCUCUGGCUUCUUUUUGUCAUCAGUUUUUCACUGUCGUCCAUGUUACAAGCUCUUAUAGUUUGUCGUAAGCAGGAUUCCUUUUCCUGUAAUAAAAUACAAAGACUAAAACCAA